AUGGCCACCUUUUAUUCAUUUUAUUUGGAGCCUGUCAUUGCACCUCCAGAAGCAAUCAAGCCGUUCUUUGGUGUUCCGACGGUCAUCAACACAGUCAAAGUCAAGACAGUGAAGCAAGCCGCUGAUGAGUUAACGAUAGGUACCACGAAUGGACUGAGGGAAGAUGUGCGUACGUACUCCAUCCGGGCCAAUGCGGAUCUGUAUAAGCAGUUAUUCGAGCUUUGGCAUUCGACUACAGCCAAACUGGUCUCGACGCCGGGGUGGGGUUCGGCCAUUGCCUUUCAGCCUAUAUUGAAUAGCAUGAUCCGUGCGAGCAAUGAGAAAGGGGGGAACGUGCUUGGGCUGGAGCAAGCGAUCAAUCCGCUUAUUGUUGUCAACUAUCAGUUUACUUGGGCAUUGGCUGAAGAUGACAAACAGGUUUAUGCGAUCAUCGAUGAUCUGAUCGCCGCCUCGAUGGAUAUUGCAAAGUCCGGGGAUCGAUAUCUGAAUUAUGCGAACACCAAUCAACGGCCUAUCGAGUCGUAUGGUCCCGCUCAAGUCGACUUUCUCCGUCUAGUCAAGGCCAAGUACAACCCCAACGGAGUAUUUCAUAGACUUUCUCGAGGAGGUUUCAAAAUACCUCUAUAG